AUGGAUGACGUUGAAUCCAGAAAUCCAUUAGAAUGUCUAAUAUGUAAUCGGGAAUUUUCUUUUCCCGUGCGGUUGCCUUGUCAACAUAGUUACUGUAGAAACUGUAUCGAAAGUAGAUCUGCUUGUCCAGUAUGUGGAGCCGCAGUGGAAGGCGACUUUGUUCCCGAUACAUUGCUGACUUAUCUAAGUGAGAUAAGUCAUGAAGUAGCGGAUGUUUGUGCAAACUGUGACAAGGUAUCGCAGCCGAUGCAUUUUUGUGAGACCUGUCAGCAGGCGUUAUGCAAUGAAUGUCGUCAGAAUACCCAUCAGGCAUACUUUUUUGUUAGGGCUAAGAUGUUUGCUUCGCAUCGUCUGGUACCACUCGAAGAACGUGGGAAAGUGAAGGGAAAAGUAACCUGUCUUCGUCAUAAUGAACCAUAUAUCAUGUAUUCGGUGGAAGCCAGAACUCUUGCAUGUAUUGAGUGCUUCAAUAAUGCUUCUUUAGAUGCAAGGCGACAUCUAGUCAGUGUAGAUGUGGCUCAUAAAAUUGGUUGUGAGAAACUUGAGUUAGCAACAGUGAAGCUUCGUAACUUCCAGAAAGAGCUAUAUGAACAGAUCGAACUAAGGAAGAAGUUAGUUUCUGAAUUGGAGAACAGUCAUCGCAGUGUCUGCUCCAAUAUAAGACGACUGUGUCAGGAAUUAACAGACACGAUAACAAUAGUCAGAGACAGAAUGGUGAAAAAACUAGAUGAUGAGAAGCUUACUAGAGAGUCACAUUUUCGAGAGCAAAUCAAACGUUUGGCUUCAUUACAGCCUUCAGUACGAUUAUGUCUGUUAGGAGCUUCAAUCUUCUGCUCUUCUGCUUCUAAACUAGAUUUUUUGUUAUCGUGUGCUGAUUUGAUAAAACGGAUUCAUAACAUCUUGUCGACAGUGUAUGAGAAACCACUGUACACCAGUGAGUUGACUGCAGACUGCCAGAAGGAACUGAGUGCAGCUUUGGAGCCGUUUUUUGGGUUGUCUACGGCAUUUUUUGGUACUGCCAAUUAUUGCGACAUAGAAGGCCCUGGCAAAAGAGGCAGACCUAGCUGUACUUCUUCAUUGGGCGUUAAACAGCUGAAGAGUUAUGGGUAUUCAAAUGGCUCCGUUCCAAUAACUACUAAAUAUCAAUUAGUGGUGGAUUUAGCUGGUGCUUUCGGUGAGGAAUUCGCUAAAAUUGAAGCUCCUUUAAAGCAGUUCAAUCAGGACAUGGCCGUCUUGAGCAAAAAAGUGCAAGAAACUCAGAGAGAUUUAACGUUAAGAAAAUGUGUUGUUGAAAAAACAGAAGUUGCUGAACUCACGAACAAGUGUAUUGCCUUAUAUUCCAAGUUGAGUCAGCAGUCGGUUUACAUAGCAGAAUUAGAGCCUAAACUACAGCAGAUAUGGCAAGAACAGCUCGACCGCCUUCGCAGGCAGCAAAUUUUGUUCCGCGAAAAAGUUGAAGAAACUUUAAGUUUGCGGGAAAGUGCCCAGCACGUCGCAAGUGCAGCUAAGCAACUGCAGCCUUUUGCCGCUUGUAUAGCGGCAGUGACUUCAUUAAUCGAUCGAAGACGUUGCCAUCAACCUGAAUUAGCUCCUAUGGAAAGCAUAUGUCUACAGAUCAAUACAAUUGAGCCAAACAGUCAACAUAGAAUAGAAGCUAUUCAAAAAGAGGAAAAUAAUAGGAAGUUAGCUCUCGACCAGAAAAAACGAGAAGAACAACUGCAGUUUGUGGCUGUAAAGAAAAAUUUGAAGAUUACCAAGGAACAGAGACGGCAUAAAAAAGAUUGUCUUAAGGACAGAAAAUGUUUUGUACUGUGGGCUUACCAAUUUAGCGCCUCAAGGCCGCGGUUGCUGAACACUAACCGUGAUAGAAGCCCUGGUGGAACUGAUAGGACUUUACUUUCACCACACCGUCGCCGCUUGAAAGGAAGCUCAUCAUUUGGACUGCGAAGUCAGUCCGAUGUUGAGGAAGUGGAAAGCUCUUUGGAUGACUCCUUUGAAUUCACUGCAGAGUCGCCUUCCGCCGAAGUGGAAACACGGCGAUUUUGUAAGUCGGAUGUUCUUCGCCUUUCGGUCCCAAUUCCGCUACAUUCUUCACGAAAAAAAGCCGUUAUUCUUUCCAGUACUUCUUUACCAGAUGUUGACCAGUUAUCAGAUAAGGUUUUCCAUGAUCGAAACUACUCAGAUUACAAAACUCUGAAACGAAGUAUGCUUAGACCAAAAAAAGAAGCUGAAGUGACUAAAAGUGAUAUAAAAAUACCUGCUGCACCUGUUGUUCCCACAAAUAUUUUCGCAAAAGUUGCUGCCGAUUCCCCCGCUCCUGGGACGUAUGAGUCUCGGGAGAAAGUUCUUGUUAGCUUGAUGCAAAAGGUCCCACGAAUCGACAGCGAGAUUUCAUCGAAAAAAACUGGAGGAGCUUGA